GGUACAGCAUGAGACGUCAGGGGCAGCUUGUGGGUAUGUCCGUCUCGUCCGGGUAAGAUUUUUGCGGAGGUUUUAGCGGCCCCGGAGCAUCUGCCACCGAGGACCCUGAGCAGGCUGUGCCAAGCCGCGACCAAAAUUUUGGGAUCCGAAGUCUUGCAAUAGCGAUCUGAGGUCGCCACGCACUGUUGGAUUCUGACGCAUUAAUAUACCAUGGCGAAGAAGAGAAAGGCCGGUAGGCACAGCGGCCAAAGCGCACCUGCGCAGGAGAAAGAGCGAUAUGACAUUGAGGAAAGAUUCGACGGCUCUGAAGAUGAGUUUUUCGCAGGACGAGAGAAGAUCCUGCUUGAUGAAGCACCAGCGGCAAAGAGGCGGCGGAGGCUAGAAGAGCAGGAAAAGGACCUACAACCCUCGGAUGAAGAAGUCUACGAAGACCUACAAACCGAAGACGACGAGGAUGAGGACUUCGAUGCAGGCGAAGAUGUCCAGGACGAGGAAGAGGAAGAAGAAGAGGGCGCCGAGAAUUGGGGCACGUCCAAAGCCGACUAUUACAAUGCAGAUGUCAUUGAGACGGAAGCGGAUGCGCUCGAGGAAGAGACCGAGGCGCGGCGGUUACAACAAAAACAGUUGAAAGCCAUGACUGAAGCAGACUUUGGUUUCGACGAGAGCGCAUGGGUUGGCGAGAUGCAGAAAACCCAGGACAAACGAGCGGCGGUCGAGAAACUUCCUGGUCUUCAAGUGCCCGAGAAUGCGACACCCGAGGAGCGCCUGCAGAUGUUGAGGUCCCGAUAUCCUGAAUUCGAACCUCUGACGAAAGACUUUGUAUCGCUACAAGACGAGUACCGAACGUUGCAAAAAGAGAUUGCUGUUGAAGGACGAUCCGGGCAACGGACGGUGGCGUCGACCAAGUUCCGGGCACUGUCCUCGUACCUGGGUGCAAUUGCGAUGUACCUGGCGGUCCUGACCUCGUCGAAAACAGGAAUGGCCCUGGCUCCAGCUGAGUUGCGUGAGCAUCCGGUAAUGAAUAACCUCGUGCGGUGCCGGCAGUUGUGGCAGGAUGCACAAGCUCUGCGUGCGAUCGAGGUACCUGUCCCUGAAGAGCAAGCUAAGCCAGUGGUGGAAGAGGUCAAGUUGCCAGAGGAGCCUGUUCGGUCCGCACCUGCGGAAAAGAAGAAGACCAAGAAGAGGAAACUCGAGCCCACACUACCAGAAGAACCUCCGAUGGAGGAGCCCGCCAUUACCAAGAGGUCAAGGAAGCCGAAGCGAAACGACCUGGAGGAGCUACUACAUGCGUCACUGCAAGGACCCGCCGAGGACGAAUCCGACUUUGGCGACGAGGCGCCCUUGACGCAGGAAGAGGCGGCAGAAAAGGCGCGCAAAAAGAAGAGUCUCCGAUUCUACACUUCUCAGAUCGCGCAAAAGGCCAACAAGCGAGGCGCCGCUUCACGGGACGCCGGCGGCGACGAUGACCUCCCCCACAAAGAACGUUACCGGGAGAGAUCAGAUCGGUUGAUGCGUGAAGCCGAGGCAAGAGGCCGAACUGCCGCCCAGGGCCAAGAAGCAUUGGGUGGGGACGACGACGGUGACAGCGCUGGUGGGGGAGACCAUGACGGUGCCAAUGAGUAUUAUGACAUGCUUGUUGCCAACAAGAAUCAGAAGAAAGCGGAUAAGCAGGUCCGAGCAGAAGCCUACGCCGAGGCAGCUAAGCAGGGCGCGCAGGUGUACGAGGAAGAGCAGAUCGGUACGGACGGCAAGCGUAAAAUCACGUACGCGAUCGAGAAGAACAAGGGUCUCGCGCCGAAGAGGAAGAAGGACGUGCGCAACCCGCGUGUCAAGAAGAGGAAGAAGUAUGACGAGAAGAUGAAGAAGUUGGGCUCCAUGCGCCAGGUGUACAAGGGCGGUGAGGGUCGCGGUGGGUAUGGAGGAGAGGCAACGGGUAUCAAGACCAAUGUGGUCAAGAGUAUCAAGUUGUAGCAAUUGCCACCAAGGUGGACGUUCCCUUCUAAAUGCUCCUUCUUCUCUGGAUGUCCAAGAUACGCCCCUUGAUCAAAGAUGACUGAUUAUGCGCUAACUCAGGUAGACUGCUGCUCAAUGCUGACCCGACCUGACAAUUGUGUGCGGAACAUCAGGAACGUUAUGUGUCGAAGCACCUCGCAGGCUAUCGUUUUAUCGGCCGACCAUCCAAUUCAUUCGUGUUCGUCCACGAUUCACCACCAUGCGUCGAGUCUAUCUCGUGCACCUCCGUACUACCCAGUUGUUGGGCAUGCCCAUAUUCGGUUACAAAGGGCGUCUUGGUAUCGGCAAAGUCAGAUCCUUCUGUCGCAGCCUGUCGUCGGG